GCUCCAUUGGCCCUCUCCCCUUCCUCUCCCUUCUCCGCAGCGCAACCCUGAUCCCUGCAAACCAGGGAUUAUCUUGGGAUUAGCCCAAAUCGUCCUCCCGGGAGCCUGCCCAGCCAAGGGAGGAGGAGGAGGAGGAGGAGGAGGAGGAAGGGAAGGCGCCUCUCCUGAGCUGCCAGGCACGGAGGGGGUUAAACCCCGCUUAGCCCUGGACCAAAAGGAUGCCACCCUCUUUCCUCCUCUCUGUCCUCAGCCGCAGUCUCUGCCUGCGCUAAAGGCUGGGAAGGGGGAAAGGAAGGCGAAACCUUCCCCAGCUCCUCCUCGGCGGGGUUUUUAAGGCCAGGAAAGGCCAGCCCCCAGCCACCUUUUGAAUCCCUUCUUGCUCCAGAGACCACCCCCACCUCUCUGCCUCAUCUCAGGUCCCCUUCCAACAAACAAUGCCAACCUGAACCUUCCCCCUAUUCCUCUUCCUCUUCUUCCUCUCUCUCCAGCCUUCAUUCCCCUCGGAGGCCGGGCAGAGGCCGCGGUCGCUUUAAGGCCCUUGAAGAGCUGGGCUGACAGCUGCUCUCCUGCCUCUCCCCCCUCUUUCAAGGCUCCCUUCCCCUCCUUCCCUCCCUCCCUCCGUCUGUCUCCCUGUCUGUCUGUCUGUCUGUCUGUGAGCAGAUCUGCUUGGGACCAACCCCGCUGCUGCUGCUGCUGCCUCCUCCUCUUUCUCCUCUGCAGCCCCUUCCCCAUCCUCUCCCCAUAUCCCACCCCACCCCACCCCACCCUCGGGGACCAUGAUCCUGCUUCGAGGGUGCUGCUGCUGCCGCUUGGAGGGUCCCCAGCCCCGCUGACCCCCAGGCCCUUCCUUCUUUCCUUCCUCCUUUCCCUCCCUCUUUCCCCGGGCCUCCCCCCGACCCAAACCCAACCCCAGGCCCGCCAUAGCGCGAUGUUUCACGCCUUGGUUGCAGGGGGCAUUGUCUUCCCCGGCCUCUUCUUGUUGUCCAAGCACGGCCUCAAGUGGUUGCCGGGGCUGCGAUGGGAGGAGGCCGACGCCGUCAUCGUCUCCGCCAGACUUGUUUCUUCAGUCCAAGCCAUCAUGGCUUCCACGGUCGGCUACAUUGUCUCCUCAUCCUGCAAGCACAUUAUCGACGACCAGCACUGGCUGACCUCCAUGUAUACCCAGUUUGCCGUUCCCUACUUCAUCUACGACAUCUAUGCCAUGUUCCUGUGUCAUUGGCACAAGUACCGGGUCAAAGGGCACGAGGCAGGCUCAGGAGGGACUCGGACACUGCGCACUGUUGUCCGUACCUACCUGCACAAAGAGUUCCUUAUGGUCAUCCACCAUCUCUUCAUGGUGCUGGUUUGCUUUCCUGUGUCCACGCUAUGGCGCCAGGGCAAAGGUGAUUUCUUCCUGGGCUGUAUGUUGAUGGCUGAACUUAGCACUCCUUUCGUCUGUCUUGGCAAAGUCCUCAUUCUGUACAAGCAGCAACACACCCUUCUCCAUAAAGUGAAUGGGAUUAUCAUGCUGGUUACAUUCUUCUACUGUCGAAUCCUGCUUUUUCCCUACAUGUACUGGGUCUAUGGGCAGUAUGCUGGCUUGCCCUUUUAUCGUGUGCCCUUCUCAAUCCCUGCUGAGUACAACUUGGGGUCCGCCAUCCUCAUGGCACCGCAGAUUUACUGGUUCGGCCUUAUCUGCCGUGGAGCUUUUCGUGUAUACCGGGCCCGGGGUGCCACCAAGGAACAGGUGUUACGAAACGGGCACAGACCAGAGACACAGGCGCUUGACUGAUGACUUAUCUCCCUAUGCCACAGAUGGACAGACCACAUUUUCCUCUAACUUAUUUAUUUAUUGGGGUACAAGAGGGACUGGAUUGAUUGGGGUGGGGAGGAGUAGGCUCCUGACGCCAAAGGGGAAUUUGGGAGGGGCUGGAAAGGGAGGGGGUCUCCCACAACAGUAUUUGGAGGGCACAGAAAACCAAAAGGAAACCCUUGGGUUUAGCAUGGGAUUCAUCUGCCAAAGGCAACCCUCUGGUUUUGCAACAAGUUAUCAGUAUUUUUUCAGUGUUUUGGGGUUGGGGGACAAAAGUAAGAUCCCAAGCCAAACGAAAAUACAGGAAAUAACUUUUUGGAAACGCACUUUGCCCAGUUGGGUACAAGAAGCCCAAGCACCCAAAACAGAGUAUGGUUGAUUUAUUUUUAUGGUCAGGGCUAUGGGGAGAAGCGUUGCAAGACAAAACAAAGGUAUCCCAAGCUUGUCAUGGGCUUUGCCAUAUAUAUAUGUAAAUGCAUGGUGAGAAAUAGUAUAUAUAGAUAUAUAUAGUUAUAGUUAUAAACUAUUUCUCACCAUGGAGUUACAAUAAUGACCCAGAGCAAAGCCUGCUAAUUAUGGUGAGGAGAUUCCACUACUUGGAAAAAAGGGAGCUGCAUAUAAUGGGGUGAGGGGGAAAAUAGAUAAAGGCUGUGUUAUUUCCCCCCCUACUGUUAUUUAUUGAAUUGCAGAAUCCUAGCCAUUGUUAAGUGGUAUAGGAGAAAUAGUGUGGGGUUUGAAUUUCCCACGCAAUCUGAUUAUUGGAAUUAUUAGGGUUUUGUCAGUAGCAUCAUUCAUUUUCAUAGGCUUGGCCAAUAAGGAAAACACCCUGGAACUUUUGGAGGCUGCUAAAUACAAGGGAUUAUCAGUAUUACUGAGAUGUCACCCAUUCAGAAUAUCCCCAAAAUGUAUUAAAAUAAUAUUCCCUUGCACUGGUAAAUUUGACCAGAAGAAUGCUUUUCUAACAUAUGUAUGGUUCCCCUACCUAGCAAUAACCAAGCAGGGAGACAUCCCUCCCUCCCUCCCUCCCUCCCGUUCUUGCCACCCCUUCUCCUGUUCAGCACAUAAUCCCAUUGCUCUUCUUCCCCUAGAAAUCCCCACUCCAUAGGGGCAGGGAUCCAGCUGUAAAUAGGGGGUGGGUGGGGUGUAUUUAUAAUAACCCAAGGUCUGCAAAAUAUUAAAGGAGCCAUUAUCUAAUGCCA